AUGUCCAAGAAACAACAGCACGACUACUACUAUUCAUUCAUUUCGCCCCCAACAGAGGAACCUGCUUCAUCUUCCUCUUCAUCUCUACCUCCCAAUCCUUCAGCGCCUCCCUCGACAUCAGACUCUUUCUUGCCUCCUCCUCCUCCUUCCUAUGACGAUGCUUUGGUGCCUUCAGCUACUACUGCCUUCCAGCCUGCACCUCCUCCCAAUAAACCCAACUAUGAUGGCUACGUAUUAGAUGCCUCCAGUCCGCCUUUCAAUCCAAACGUCAUGCCACUGAUGGCUAUGCCAGUGCCAGAUAACAACAGUAAUAUACCUCACAAUACAAGCGAUUAUGGUCUGCUCGAUCAGGAUGAUUACAGCAACAGACCUAAUGCACCGUUACUUUCAGAUACCGAAACAAACUUCAACAAUGGUGAUGAUCCAUUUCGUGGAAGACCAGCACCGCCUGGAUACUCUCUUUACAGAGCCAAGUAUGAAAUCGUGCGAGAUGGCAUUAUAUCUAGAGACAAACACAUUAAUCAAGAUGGUGAAGCCUUGCUCCAAUUCUUGUGUCAACACAACAAGCCACCACGUAUGAAGAUUCAUUUUUAUGGCUACCAUGAAGAAACUGUUUGGGUCUCACAGAGUACUCGAAACCAGGAUGGAGAGCUUGUUGAGGAGCGUGUGCCAUCCACAAGACGCAUUGACGAUUUUGAAUUCGACAUUGAUUGUAGCAGUAAUAUUUCAAAUGUGUGUCAGGGCAUCUAUAUUUUACCCAACCCAAAAACUGGAGAACAAAAGACGCUUCGACAACUGUGCGAUGAUUAUUGUCAUUCCAAAAACAAGCUAAAGGAACUCAAACUGACAAAGCAAGUGGAUUGGGAUUACAAUGGAUUGUCGAGGGCCUUAACCAGCGCUAUCCGUGAUUCUGGAUUUUACGAGCAUGUUGAGAUCACAUAUGUCAUGGAGAAUCACGAGAUUGUGGUUAAAACUGAUUUCAGUAUAUCUCGAUGGGUGGAUAAUCGUUGGGUCAAGUUGGCCCUGAUAUUAUCUUGCCUUUGGAUCAUUGUCUAUCCACUUGUAUGGGUAUUCAAGCAGAAAUUUGGUCAUUCGGAUUUGAAAAGUGCUUGGAAUAUGAACAUCUCGGAAAGAGAUUGGUAUGGUCUGCAUAUUGAAGAUGUUAUCAAUUCAUGUCGUGGUAAUUAUAUCACUGGUGGUCGAUUUUUCAAGAAGAGGCCAUCAUCCUAUUCAGUCAAUAUGAAAUUGUAA